AUGGCGACGUCCGGACCCCCUCAUUACAGUAGUAGAAGCCCACGGGAGCGCGAGCGACAAACGAUCCCAGCGGUACCUCCGUACACCGAGGAAGAGGAACGGUGGUUAAAAAAUAAGUUCGGUGAUGAGUAUCACUUUUUAAAAUUUGUUGGACUUGAUAUACGCCGCACGGACGAUCGUUAUGCCGGUAGGAGGUUCUUAAGGAAGAUUAGAAACGGAGAGCUAUCACUUGAUAUCUUUGAGAGCGAGGCUAGUUAUAGUGGUUCCAGUACCGAGGACGAUAGUUCAGAGACAAGUACAGGCUCUGAUACCGAAACUACGGCUGAAACAGAAUCUACUGUCACAGAUAAUGAUAGACAUGAAGCAGAUAAUUAUGUUCUAACUACCCGAAAUCCCAUCAUUUGCCACAAACUCCCUGGUGGUGCAGCCUAUAAUACAGACUGGAUCUGGUCGACCAUGUCCAACGUUCAUGUGGCAAACCAUCAGUCAUGGUUCAAAACAUACACACCAUUCGACGGUCGAACAGAAGAAGGUGUAGAGAUCAUCGGCGCGGGUACUGUUGAGCUGCCUGUCGAAACGAACAAGGGAGUCGGUAUAUUAACCCUAAGAAACGUUGUUCACAUCCCUUCGGCAAAAGCCAAUACCCUUAUGACUAUGGGGCCUGGUGCGCAAUAUGGAAUGGAGGCAGAUUUUGCGAAAUCGCGGGGCCGGGUAUUUCUAGAUAGGGAGAAGAAAACAUGGGCCUUUUUAGACUCUCCAAGUGGAAGAUUCUUGCGGCUAAGGCUCGUGGGGCAGGCGGAUAUUGGAAGUAGCUUGAGUAGGGAGGAUUACGUUCUACGAGCUACAUUAUCAAAUAGCCAGGUAUUCCGUCUAGCGAAGAAGGUAUUAGACGAGGAGAUUCAGCAGCUAUAUGAUCUUACAUUAUCUCCCAGGGUAUCUUCAGAUUAG